AUGGAAAAAAGAAAUACAGAACAAGUACAAAAUGAUGCAAAGACAGAAGCCACUAAUAUGUAUAAAUAUGUAGUAUGUGAAGCAAUGUUAUCACCAAACUCAAUACCAGUACAUUUAUCAGAACCAUUUAAUAUUAAUGUUGAAUUCAUUAGAAUUUCACAAGAUUGGGUUGAUUUAGAAUUAUUAGAUAAAUCACAACAAAUUGUUGAAAAAAUAAAAAUAAAUGCAAUUACAUCAGCAGAAUUAAGUAAUAAUAGUAAUCCAUUAAGUAGUAGUGGUGGUGGUGGUGGCAAUGGAACUCCAAUAUUAACAAGAUCAAAUUCAAUUUUAAAUAGGGGAGCAUUGGGAUCAAAUUCAAGUAGUGAUGAUUUAUUAGCAAAUGGUUCAUCACCAAUUGGUUCACCAAAAAGUAGUAGUAAAGCGAGUAUGUUAUUAGGUUUAGAUGAAAAUGAGUCAUCAUUAUCAUCAUCACCAUCAUCAUCCUCUUCACCAAAGUCAUCAAAGAAAUCAGAGAAUAAGAAUGCUGUACUUUCACCAAAAUUUGGUUUAUUAGCAAGAUCAGCAAGUAAUAACUUAUUAAGUGUAAAUAAAUUAGAGAAAUUAGAUCAACCAUUAUCACCAACUCUUAGUGGUUCGCCAUCUUUAAAUGUAGUUGGUAGUGGCGGUGGUGGUGGCGGCGGUGGUGGAUAUCUAACAUCACCACCAUUAAAUAUAUCAGGUUCAUCACCAAUGUUAUCAUCAUCAAAUGGUAGUUUAAAUAGUAGUAAUGGUUCAUUAAGUAUUUCACCAUCAAAUAUAUCUUCACCAAGAGGGUUUAACAUCAAUAAUAAUAAUAGUAAUAGUAAUAGUAGUAGUGAUCAAUUUAUGUUAUCAUCAAGUGUUGGUAGUUCAUCAGUUUUAUCACAAAGUAUUGGCGGUACAUCAAUUAGUAGUAGUGGUGUUAGUGGAACUUUACAUUAUAAUCAAGGUUUUACAAUUGUCACCAAAAAUAUAAAUUAUACUUUUAAUGCACCCGAUAGAGAUGGUAUUAAUCAUAUAAUGAAUAGUGUUAAAAUGUUAGCUAUGGGUCGUCCACACCAAGAACAACUUCAACUCACUUUUGACGCAAUCGUUGAAUCUCUAAUAAUAUCUCAAACCUGUAAAAUACCCACUAUCCCACCAUUACCAACUUCUCCACCACCUCCUCCACCACUUCUCCAAAUUACAAAUAAACAAUCUGAGGCCUAA